AUGCAACCUUGUAGUAGAGAGAUGCAAUCCAUCAAUUCACUUCUGAACCAGCAACAACAACAACAACAACAAUCACACAUGCCUUCUCUUCACGACCUCCACAACGGCGGCGGCCUCCACCACCAUCAACCGCCGCAUUUUGAUGGGUCGGCGGCGUCGUCCUCCCAUGACGACUUUCUGGAACAAAUCUUGUCCUCCAACGCCUGGCCGCCUCCGCUUGAUCCCGGGCUCGCAGCCGCCGCCGCCGCCGCUAAACCUCACUCCCCAUGGGAUGCGCUUGGCUCGCUUGAGGACCAGUCGACCAUGUUGGCUUCGAAGCUCCGGCAACACCAGAUCAGCGGCGCUAAGGCCAUGUUACUCCAGCAGCAGUUACUUCUUUCCAGAGGCUUGGCCGGCGCCGGCGGAAAUGGGCUCAGAUCCCCACCCGGAGGUUCCGGUUCCGGUGGCCUCUUACCCUUGCCGUUGAAUUUGUCCGGCAACGGUGAUCAAAAUGAGGGGAAUGAUGCAUCAGUUCAAGCUCUUUUCAACGGAUUCAAUGGUGGAUCCCUUGGUCAGCCAUCAACUCAAUCUCAACAUUUCCACCAAUCUCAGGGAAUGCCUAUGCAACAAGCACAGAAUUUCAGCGCCCCAGCAAUGAAUCAUCAGCCGGCGGCGAGUGGUUCGACGGCGACCGGAGGAAGUGGGGCGGCGGCGGCGGUGGGACAGCAGCCACGGCAGCAGAGAGUGAGGGCCCGAAGAGGGCAAGCCACUGACCCACACAGCAUUGCUGAAAGAUUACGUAGGGAGAGAAUUGCUGAGAGGAUGAAGGCUUUGCAGGAACUUGUACCCAAUGCUAAUAAGACGGACAAGGCUUCAAUGCUGGAUGAGAUCAUCGACUACGUCAAAUUCCUCCAGCUCCAAGUCAAAGUUCUGAGCAUGAGCAGAUUAGGUGGUGCCGCUGCCGUUGCUCCUCUGGUGGCCGAUAUGUCCUCCGAGGGUGGCGGUAACGAUGGGCGGGGCGGUAACGGAACUCAAACGGCGGCAUCAUCGUCCAACAACGACAGCAUGACGGUGACGGAGCACCAGGUGGCGAAGUUAAUGGAAGAAGAUAUGGGAUCCGCCAUGCAGUAUCUUCAAGGAAAAGGUCUUUGCCUGAUGCCGAUCUCCUUGGCGACGGCGAUUUCAACGGCGACGUGUCACUCAAGGAAUCCCAUAAGUCCCGGGAUUAACGUUAACGGUAACGGCCUCCACAACAACCCACUUCUCGGAGGAGUUGGUGGUGGGGAAGCAGGUGGGCCAACUUCUCCGAGUAUGUCGGUUUUGACCGUUCAGUCAGCCACGAUGGGUAACGGCGGCGGAGCUGGAGGAGGAGGAGGUUGCGAACCUAACUCCGUUAAAGACGCCACGUCUAUUUCCAAGCCUUAA